CAUAAGAAACCCGGAGCACGAGGGAAGACUCGCCGCACAAUGGCUGACGAGAUAGCGAAAGCGCAAGCUGCGCAGCCGGGCGGAGACACCAUUUUCGGAAAAAUUAUUCGAAAAGAGAUUCCUGCGAAAAUAUUCCACGAAGAUGACGAGUGCGUAGUGUUCCAUGACGUCGCCCCUCAGGCCCCCACGCACUUCCUGGUCGUCCCCAAGAAGCCCAUCUCCCAGCUGUCCAAGGCAGAGGCCAGUGAUGCCGCUCUCCUUGGGCACAUGAUGAUCGUGGCCAAGCAGUGCGCGGAGAAGAUGGGGCUGCAGAAGGGCUACAGACUGGUGCUCAACGAGGGGCCGGACGGGGGCCAGUCCGUCUACCACAUCCACAUCCACGUUUUGGGCGGCCGUCAGAUGGGCUGGCCCCCUGGUUAAACACCCCAAGCAAUCAAUCCAAACCCCUAACACCUCGCCUCAGCACCUAACCUAAGAUGGAACGCCAAUCCGUAGUCACACAUGGUGUCAACCUGUCUUGUCUGUUCAGUGGAGAAAGCCAGUGGCAAAUAAAUGCACUUAUACCACUGUC